GGAUCAGACCGGACCCUCCCGUCUGAUUCUCAAACUUGUCGGGCUUUACAUUUGACUGAAAAGUCAAUCCCAAAGACGCCCACCCACUUCAUCUCCUCUCUCCUCAUCCUCCCGAUUCGGCCGCCAGGUGGGUGACAACCGACAGCAGCUGAUUAUUCCUGAGCUUCGAUUCUGAUUCGUAUCUGGGUCAGUUUCUUGCCUGAGCUCUGUCCUUCCGAGUUUCGAUUUUGCCUCUAAUGGUUUCCCUUCUUAUUCUGUUCUCUGAAAGCUUUGUUGGGUUGUUCUUGUUAACCUUGGAAAGUUCGUCUCUUGUGCUUUGUUCUACUCUUUUAGAGGAAUCCCUUCUUCGAUUUCAUCGAGAAAUUCGAUUCCUUUUCAUUACUUCACACUUCACAGCAGACAAAAUUCUGUCCACUGUGGGACGUAAUGGCAGAUGCAUAUGGUCAGCCGAUGGUCAAGAUAUGUCCCCCUCGAACCCGUGAAAGGCUUGCUCACUUUGAUGUCACUGUCAUCGAUUAGUUGAGUUAUUAAUGGAUGCUUCAAGCUCUCCCUGGGAAUCCGUAGUGGCUCUGCACAUUCAUUCCUCCUCGUGGGUUUGCAGACACCUUGGUCGGUAUUUAGCCGGCAACCUUUGCUCGUAACGUUGGGAGCAUUCUGCUUUUUGUCAGGCAAUUAGAGUUUUGGUAUCAAUCUAGACUUAUAAGUGGCGAUGAUUGUUCCCGCUUAUAGGGUUUGCCUGCAUCCCUGGUAUGUAAUUGGUGAACCUUGAAGUAGGUAGAAGCGUCUCUGAUUUUUCCGAGUUUGAACCGAGUUUGAAUAAGGCUCAGGCUCAUGCGGAGAAUUUAGACAGUUAUCCAUAAUCAUAGACAGAAUUAUCAUAGUGGGGAAGGCCUUCUUCCAAAUGACAAUGAUGGCAAUAGCUGCUUCUGCGGUGAUGUUGCUUCUACUGCUGCAAGUGCCGAGCAUACCAGCCUCAGACCUUUUCAAGUCCAAGGUCUGCGGAGCCAAUCAUUUAGCAUUUUCAGGUUCUCUGGGUGAUAACGCUUUUUAUGUCAAUGGAUAUUUAGCAGACAAAGUCUUGUUCUGUGAUGCCCUCAAGUUCCACCAUGCAAAUAAUUGCUUUUUUGAGGAUUAUUGGUACACUGAUCUCUGUAAUUUUGACCUUUCGCAAGCAACGUUGCCACAUUCUGGCGGAAGAAAGCUUUUGCAGACACAAAUGAGGGAAGGAACUGCUCUUGAUUCAAAUAGCCAAUUGGGUGACGACAAGCGCAUUCAUAGGACCUUGUUGAACCGUAAAACUAUUGGUGCGGUUGUUCCUGGAAUGUUUGCUUUGUGUUGUGUUGUACUUUGUCCUUGCUUUUACAGGAAGAGGAAAGAUACAGCUCAGGCUGUGCUAGCCAGGGACCCUAGCUCAGUGGAUUCUCUUCCUGUGUCCGAGUUAACUUCUGCUCCAGAAAAGAUUCCUGGCAGUCCUUUUCGGGUGCCACCCAGUCCUCGAAUUUCAUUUUCCCCGAAGCUCAAUAGACUUGGAUCCAUACAUCUUAAUCUGAAUCAGGUUGUAAAAGCAACCCGGAAUUUUUCACCCUCCAUGGUAAUAGGAGAAGGAGGAUUUGGAAUGGUUUACAAGGCACAGCUUGAAGAUGGCCAGGUGGUUGCCAUCAAAAGAGCAAAGAAGGAGUACUUUGAGAGUCUCAGGACUGAAUUUAGCAGCGAGGUUGACCUUCUAUCCAAGAUUGAUCAUCGGAAUCUGGUGAAACUACUUGGUUAUGUCGAUCAAGGGAAUGAGCGCCUUAUUAUAACAGAAUAUGUACCCAAUGGAACCCUAAGAGCUCAUUUGGAUGGUAUUCGUGGUAGAGUCCUGGACUUUAACCAGCGGCUCGAAAUUGCCAUUGAUGUUGCUCAUGGCCUGACUUACCUACAUUUGUAUGCCGAGAAGCCAAUUAUCCAUCGAGAUGUGAAGUCAUCCAACAUUAUUUUGACCGAGAACAUGAGGGCCAAGGUAGCAGAUUUUGGAUUUGCAAGGCUCGGGACUGCUGCAGACUCGGAUAAAACUCAUAUUUCUACAAAAGUAAAAGGGACAGUCGGUUACUUAGAUCCCGAGUAUAUGAAGACCUACCAACUCACUGCCAAGAGCGAUGUCUACUCUUUUGGGAUUUUACUUCUAGAAAUUCUUACCGGUCGACGUCCUGUGGAACAAAGUAGACCUGUUGAGGAACGGGUAACAAUUAGAUGGGUUUUUAAGAAGUUCAAUGAAGGGAAUAUGGCAGAGCUGAUGGACCCCAGGGUGGAGGGGAUUGUGGACCCCGAGAUACUCGUCAGGAUAAUCAGUUUGGCUAUUCAAUGUGCUGCACCAGUAAGAUUGGAUCGACCAGAUAUGAAAGUAGUUGGAGAGCAGUUGUGGGGGAUAAGGGUUGAUUAUCUGAAGACGGUCAGGAGAGGGUAUUGAUUCUUAAACUCUUGCAUAAGUUAUUCGUUUUGAAUACUUGUUGUAAAUAGUUUUAGAGCAUAGGAUUGCUUGGAGAGUGAAGACACGAGAGGUAAAGGGAUUGGGAAAACUCGUGAAGAUUGGAGUUUUUAUAGGAAGCUGUACGACAUAUAGAGAGUUGUUAAGGCCACAGGCUAGGGCAAAAUUGGAGGUAGGGGGAUGAGAUUAAUAUGAAGGGCAACUUAGAAGGAAAAUGGACAAGCAAAUAUUAGUUUGUCAUACUUUUUAUGAUGAUAUCAAGUGAAAACCUAGAAAGGGAUGAAUCUCAACUUCCGUAGUCACUAAUUUGGAAUAAUGCCCGUCCCCAUAUCACACCAACAUGCUCUGGAGAGUAUGACGAGAAGAGUAGUGAAGGAGAAUGGAGGAUUGUACCAAGGAUUUCUGGAAGAUUGGUUUCGGUGGUUUAUAGAUUUUCGCUGAAAAUACCAUAAGAGAGCGAAGACAGACAAGAAGUAGCAUAUUGGGACGAGCUCCACUGUCCGACGGUUGAGGCAGAAGAACAUGUUGCAUUCGCUUCAUGGGGCCAUUCUGUUUUUCAAACAGACGAAGAAUGAAGACGGCAAUAGGGAUUCAAACCAUUCAUCACUCUAGCGUGUUAGAGUUGUUCAGUACUUGUGAUUGAAAGCCUUGAAGAUGUAUUAAUCUCUCCCUUUCUUUUGUAGUGAUUUGUUGAUGACAACCCUUCAUUAUGUAUCUUGAUAUUUGGAUGAAUGAAUGUUCGCAUUUUUCUCGGUUAUAUUAGA